AUGAAAGUAUGCCGCCGGGAAACAUUUAAUGCCGCUCACCGAUUGUUUCGGGAAGAUUGGAGCGACGAAAAAAACUUAGAAGUUUUUGGAAAAUGCAGUUAUCCCAACUUUCAUGGACACAACUACGCAUUGGAAGUAUGGGUAGAUGGUCCCGUUGAUCCUGAAACAGGAUUUGUGAUCGAUUUGAAGGUCUUGAAGACAAUCAUUCAUGAGAAAAUCGUUGAUCGAUUCGAUCAUCAGAACCUGAACCUUGAUUGCCCUGAAUUUAAAGGCAUCAAUCCAACAACGGAGAACAUUGCUAUCGUGAUCUGGAACAUUCUUCGUCGAGAACUAAGCGAUACGUUUAAAAUCGAAGUUCACCUCCAGGAGACUGAGAAAAACAAAGUGGUCUACACCGGAAGUUAA